AAGAUUAAGGGGAAAAAAAAAAGGGAGUUAGCACGCCAACGCCACAUAAUUCCUUAUCUUAUAACCAACCGCCACCAAAAAAGAAAAUUCCAGCUAGCUCGCCGCGCCAGUGAAAACUACAGCUCCGUUGGCUAGCGGCUGGCUGGCCGGAGACUUGAAUCAUGGCCGCCAUCUCUACAGCCACUGAGGCGGUCGAAACUCCUUUGUUAGACGACGUCGUCGAAGGAAGCUUUGACUACAAAGGCCGUCCGGUCAAGCGAUCCAAAUCCGGUCGAUGGAGAUCCGCAUCUUUCAUCAUAGGUGUUGAGGUGGCUGAGAGAUUUGCUUAUUACGGAAUAAGUUCGAAUUUAAUAAGUUACUUGACGGGCCCACUUGGCCAAUCCACCGCUACGGCGGCGGAGAACGUUAAUGCUUGGUCGGGCACGGCGUCGCUUUUACCACUUUUGGGCGCUUUUAUAGCUGACUCGUUUCUGGGUCGUUAUCGCACCAUUGUAGUUGCCUCCGUGCUUUAUAUCCUGGGACUUGGCUUAUUGACGAUUUCAGCUGUUCUUCCCUCUUUCAAGUCUUCCGAGUGUCAGCAUAUAGAGAAUGUUAUUUCAUGUUCUCCACCUGAGUUCCAAAUUAUUUUCUUCUUCUUUUCAUUGUAUCUAGUGGCAUUAGCCCAAGGAGGGCAUAAGCCUUGCGUUCAAGCUUUUGGAGCUGACCAGUUUGAUGGACAAGAUCCAGAAGAGUAUAAAGCCAAAAGCUCAUUCUUCAAUUGGUGGUAUUUCGGUAUGUGUGGAGGUACCAUGGUCGCCUUGACGAUUCUGAACUAUAUUCAGGAUAAUCUUAGCUGGGGUCUUGGAUUUGGAAUUCCCUGUCUCGUCAUGGGAGUUGCACUUAUCUUGUUUCUGCUUGGAACUAUGACCUAUCGAUUCCAUGUCCAUAGCGAUGAGAUGAGUCCUUUUGUAAGAAUAGGCCGGGUUUUUGUGAAUGCAGCAAGGAAUUGGAGAACCACAUCUUCUGCAAUAUCUAUGGAAGAGGAGUCUAAGGGCAUUUUGCCUUACCAAGGUUCAGCUCAAUUCAAGUUUCUGAACAAAGCAUUGGUGCAACCUGAUGGUUCAAAGGAAGAUGGAAAAGUUUGUAGCGUCAGUGAGAUUGAAGAGGCCAAAGCAGUUGUUAGGCUAUUUCCAAUAUGGGUCACGAGUUUGGUUUAUGCAAUUGUAUUUUCACAAGCAUCCACUUUGUUUACCAAGCAAGGAGUUACAAUGGAUAGAUCUAUUGGUCCAAGCUUUGAAGUACCAGCUGCCUCCUUACUAACUUUUAUCAGCUUUUCAAUAUUUGUCUUUAUCCCUAUCUAUGACCGCAUUUUGGUUCCUAUCGCAAGAGCAAUAACCAGAAAACCGUCAGGUAUAACAAUGCUGCAACGCAUUGGAACUGGAAUAGUUAUAUCCUGUCUUUCCAUGUUUAUAGCUGCUCUAGUUGAGAUGAAGCGUCUUGAAACUGCUCAAGAGUAUGGGUUGGUUGAUAAGCCAGGUGCAACAGUUCCGAUGAAUGUGGCAUGGCUGAUACCUCAGUAUGUGCUUUUGGGAGUUUCUGAAUCAUUUACCAUGGUUGGUUUGCAAGAAUUCUUCUACGACCAGAUGCCUAGUGAGAUGAAAAGCAUAGGCCUCGCUCUAUACCUCAGUAUCUUUGGCAUAGGGAGCUUCCUAAGCAGUUUUCUGAUCUCUAUCAUUGAGAAAGCAACAGGCGGGGAUGGAAGGGAUAGCUGGUUCGCCGACAACUUGAAUAAGGCACACCUUGAUUAUUUUUACUGGCUGCUUGCUACACUUAGUGCAGUGGCAUUAAUUGCUUAUCUGUAUUUUGCAAAAUCUUAUAUUUACAAGAUUGAUGGUGUUGUAGAUUAUCAAGGUCUCCCAGCAAAAAGAUCCCAAUCAGGAAAAUGGAAAUCUGCUUAUUUCAUUAUAGGUGUUGGAGUAGCAGAGAGGUUUGCAUACUUUGGAGUAGGUUCCAAUCUUAUAACUUACCUUACGGGUCAUCUUAGGCAGUCAACAGCCGUUGCAGCUGCCAAUGUUAACUUGUGGACAGGCGCCGGAGCAAUGCUGCCGCUUGUGGGGGCAUUUGUGGCCGAUUCAUUUCUAGGCCGGUAUCGGACCAUCGUGGUUGCAUCUGUGAUUUACAUCCUGGCACUUGGCCUAUUAACCAUAUCUGCUAUGCUCAACUGCCAAAGCAACAUCAGCAUGCAAUCAUGUUCCCCUAGCCAAUUACAAGUUAUUCUCUUCUUCUUUUCUCUAUAUUUAAUAGCACUUAGCCAGGGGGCGCACAAGCCAUGCAUUGUCGCAUUUGGAGCGGACCAGUUUGAUGGACAAGAUUCAGAAGAGAGCAGAAGCAAAAGUUCAUUCUUCAAUUGGUGGUAUUUUGGUUUAUGUGCAGGUCCUUUGAGUGCACUAUUGGUCUUAAACUACAUUCAAGAUAACCUUAGUUGGGCUCUCGGCUUUGGGAUCCCAUGCAGCUCUCUUGCAGUGGCCCUACUCGUAUUCUUACUUGGCACUAAGACUUAUAGGUAUAAAGUGAAAGAUGAAGAGAAGUUUUCCGUUUCAAAUAUUGGCAAUUUGUUUGCUAAAGGAGCUAAGUAUCGGCAGUCUGUCCCUUCAUCAAAGUCUAGUGAAGGAGUACAUGCAACAGUCAAUGAAGCAAGAUCCAAGCAAUAUGAAUUUCUCAAUGAAGCUUUGCUGGAAAAAGAUGAUCUUGAGAAGUACAAGGAUGUGUCCGAAGUCUGUGAAUUUGAAGAAUUAAAGUCACUUAAAGAUUUGUUUCCUAUAUGGGCUACAUCCUUGGCAUAUGCUGUUGUGUUUGCACAAACUUCCACUUUGUUCACAGAACAAGGAGUUACAAUGGAUAAAUCAAUAGGUUCAGGAUUUGUGUUACCGGCUGCUUCACUUCAGUAUUUAACAGGCAUUUCCAUUAUCCUUUUUGUCCCUAUUUAUGACCGCAUUUUUGUCCCUCUUGCAAGAACUAUCACCGGAAGGCCAUCAGGGAUAACGAAGCUGCAGAGAAUUGGAAUAGGAAUGGUUCUAUGUACUGCUUCAAUGAUCAUUGCUGCUCUUGUUGAAAGAAAGAGACUUCAAAUUGCUCAAUGGAAUGGUUUAGCUGGUCUGCCACAUGCAACGGUUCCUAUGAGUUUUUGGUGGUUGGUGCCUCAGUAUAUAUUGUUCGGAAUUGCUGAUGUUUUCACUGUGGUUGGUUUGCAGGAGCUUUUCUAUGAUCAAAUGCCAAGUGAAUUGAAAACUAUAGGCCUCUCUUUUUUUCUGAGUAUCUUUCGAAUUGGGAGCUUUCUAAGCAGUUUUCUUAUCUCCAGCAUUGAGAGAUUCACAAGCACCGGCAGCAGAGUCGGAGGUUGGUUUUCCAGUAACUUGAAUCUAGCACAUCUUGAUUACUUUUACUGGUUACUUGCUGGAUUUAGUAUGGUGGAGUUCUUAGCCUUCUUGUAUCAUGCAAAUUCUUAUGCCUAUAAUGGUCAAGGUCGUUCCACUGCCUGAAUUGGCUGUAACUGU